GCUCGCUCCUUUCUUCGGGCCGCGAGCCGAGCGAUCCGAGCCAUGAGCAGCUCCAGCAGCUCCGCCAGCGGCGACAGCGGCGCCCUGGUGCGGCCCAAGCUGAUCCCGGAGGCCCAGAAGCGCUCGGUGCGCGAGGUCUUGCAAGGCUCGGGCCUGAAAUUGGAGCGGCGCCGGGGCUAUGUGAGGCCCUGCGAGCUUUUGCCGGACGGCGGAGUCUCAGUGGUGAAGCACCUCGGGGAGUGCGGGGAUAAGAAGUGCGGGAACUACCGCCUCGGGCAGAACUCGCAGGUCCGCCCAGACUUCCUGAAGUUCUGCGUCGAUCACAUCAAGUCGGCCUUUGGGGCCGUCCGCGCGGCCCGUGGCCUGGUCUACUGCUCCCUGGGCAGCGGGCAGCUGCUCUUCGACUGGGAGCUGCUCGAGCACCUCACCCAGAAGGAGAACUUCCGGCUGAAGGCCAUCCACCUCAUCGACACCGCCUACGGCGGCUCCAAGCUCCGGGCCUCCGCGGUGAGGGCGCAAAGAAUCUUCGCUGGGUGGUUCGCAGAGAGCGGCCUGGAAGACACGCCCUGCCCGGUGCGGAGCUUUUUGUGUGCCAAGGACUUCCAGCGCUGGGCGGAGCAGCGUGGAGAGGAGGUGGACAUCCUCCUGGACUGCGACGCUGUGUCGGCGCGGAAGGUCAUCGACGUGGCGCAGUGGCGGAGCUCGGUGCUGCGGCACAAGGGCCUUUGCUUGGUGCUCUCAAACCCGGCGAAGCGCAUCUGCAUCCAGCGCCGCACGCGCCGGCCAGUGCUUCGGGAGCUGGCCAAACAUGUCUUCAAGGACUCUACCUGGGAGCCCAGUGACGGCAAGCGGAGCCGCGAUCGCCGCUCCAAGCGCGAAAGGCAAGAGGCAAACCUUUGACGGCCAGGAGCCGGUGACCAGGCAACUUCCCCCCCAGAAAGGCCGAGUUUUGCUUUGGUUGCCCAU